AUGGCGGAAAGUGACAAGGACAAUGUAGAAGUGCUGAAGAAAGCAUGUAAAUACUGUAAGAAAAACGUAUUGAAAGGAUUCAAUUGUGUAAAUUGUGAUGCAGUUUACCAUAAUAGUUGUGCCCUGAGGAUAAAAAUGUGUUGUGAUUCAUCGAACCUAAAAGAAAGAAUCCAAAUGGAUAGUGACAUAUGUGCUACAGAAGAAUUGUACCUCAAGGAUAUAAACCAACUGCUGACACAAACAAUCAAGGAUAAAGAUACUAUCAUUUCUGAUGAAGUAAAACUUAUAGCAUUACUGAACGAUAAAAUUUUACAUUUGGAGGAUAUCAUAUCAAAAUCAAAUAAGACUUGUAUCACAACAAUCGAUAAAGAAGAAUCGACUGGCAGUCCAACAAAAAAGGUUGAGGUACGUAAAAACUCAACAUACGAUAAAAUGAUACAAAAAAGUUCAAACCCAAUUAGUGAUAAAAAAGCAGACACCAGCCGCCAGGAAAUUGUGAAUAGGCAAACAUCCAUAAUGAGUCAUCUGAUAAAUAUUGAGGAUGAUAGAAUGGAUUCGAAGAUGGUUUCAAAACUGUUGUAA